UUCUUCCUAUUACAGGAUUGGUCAGCCCCCCCUCCGCCCCCUCUUUUGCCUGCACCACAGAGCAAUGAAUUGUGGGAAACUCCCUGACUGGUACCUGCAGAGCAUCCUUUAAGCAUCAAAGGGUACGAGGAAGAUCAUUGUGGUCAAGGAGACAAAAUAAACAUUUCAGAAGAAACAAUUGAUUAUUUAUUCUACUUAUUCAGAAGGACUUAGAACUUCAAUAUGGAGGCCAAGCCUAGAUCUUCAAGCAUCAAGGCAUCCAAAACUGACAAGGCCAAUCCAGCUGCAGGCACCGAGAAGAAAGAAGGUCCUGUUAAGGAACAGCCAAACCCCACACCUAAGAAACCCGUGGCUGGAGAAGCUGCCCCUGUGAACCAUGACGGAGCAAAGCCCACCGCAACUGAGUCUCAGGGGCCACCAAACACAUCAGAGAACAAAGGGAGUGAUGAAGAACAAGAUACUUCUAAUGGAGCAGCUGAAGGAUCAGGAUUUGAAGGCUUGAAACCUCUAUUAGUGGCUGCUGGAGUGGCAGUAGCUGCCAUUGCCGUUAUUGUAGGAGCUGUGUUCCUGGCCCGAAAAAAAUAAUAGGUUGGAUGUAAGGGAGGAUGAUUGAGGUGGAAAACAAGCAAGGGCCAAUAUGUACAGUUUCUUCAGAGACCUUUGCAUGCCGCAGAAUUGUCACAUAUUCAUUACAUGCAGUCACACAGUUGUUAGGAAGAAUGGGCGGGAGGGGUAUACGAAUUGAUGGGCCUCCACUUUUUUGAAGGUCUCAUAGUAGCUACUUGAAGUAUAAACAAACACUGUUUUUAAGAAAGUCCUGGUC